AUGGACCUGGGACUCCUUCUGUUGGACCUUGGAAAGUCUGCGAACGGCCCAGGCCCACCUCUUCUCCCUGGGAAGCCAUUUGCUGGACUCUACCGGUUGGCCCAACUUGGGCCUGGCCUUGGAGAGCCCGGGAAGCCAUUUGCUGGACUCCACCGGUGGGCCCAACUUGGGCCUGGCCUUGGAGAGCCCGGCCUCGGCCUCCUCUGCCCUUCCCGUCCGCGCGAGCCCCCAGCCAACCCGAGCCCUCCGCGGCCCACGGCUCCCCUGCCGCCUGAGCCUCCCCGGCUGUGCUCUCUCGACCGGCCUGUGCCCUCGCCGCCGCGCUUCGAAAUCCCCACCGGCCUGUGCCCUCCCGUGCGUCCGAGCUCCCCUGCCGGUUCGAGCUCCCCCGCCGACCUGUGCUCCCCGCCGCCGUUCGAGCUCCCCCCCGGCCUGUGCCCUCCGCCGGUCCGAGCCCCCCCCUGCCGGUUCGACCUCCCCCGCUGGCAUGUGCCUUUCCGCUGGUCCGAGCCCCUGCCGCGGUUCGAGCUCCCGCCGCCUGUGCUCUCCGCCAGCCCGCGUCCACCCCUCUCCGCCGGCUCGCCGCCCUUCCCCCCCCCGCCUGCCUUCCCGCUUGCUGGAACUAUCUGUGAAUCCAACGUGGGCCUUCGAUGGCCCAGUCGCCGCUCGGGCUCCCCUGAUCGGUGCUCCCUCUGUCCGGGCUUGAACUCCCUGAGCUCUCCUGCCAGCCCGAAGCCCCCCGGCUCGCCUCCUCCCAUGGCGCGCCCUCCCUCCCGGGGGCCGGAGACCACCUGCUGCCUCCCACCUUGCUAUCUCCUGCGGGCCGGCCUUGGCCUUCACUAUCCUGCCAGCUUGCUCCCCUUGCUCCCCCCCUUCACUCUGCUGACCCUCCCCUCCUAA